UGUUUUGUCAGUGAUAGACACAACACGUAUUCUGCGCUAGACAACUUUCUUUUGUUUUUGAAUUAAAUUCGUACCAACAACGUGUGUGACACCCAAAAUAUUCACCUGUGACAAAUAUACACUAAGUGCAAGUGCACCCAAUCUGCAUAUAAGCAAUACACACCCAUCGCUACAUAGACAAAACAAGUCUGCGUGCUGAGUGCACUGCUUGCACUCAGUAUGUCGACGAGUGAUGUACAGAACAACAACAACAGCAGCAUUGAUGAUGAAGACGAUGACUGGCAACGUGUAACAUCAAAACGAAAACAUACAGGGUCUCCAACUUCAGUAAAGCAACAUGCCAAACGUUUUAAUGCUGAUGAUGUGCCUUCAACAUCAACCAACCGUUUUGUAAGUCUUGCAAAUAAUAUGGAACCUGACAAUGAUGAUGACGAUGAUAAUGCUACUACCCAGCCUGAGGAACCGAAGCCGCCUCCAAUCUUUAUUCCUGAUGUGGCAGAUAUAGCAAAAAUGGUUGCUAGUAUAAUUCUGACAGUGAUGCAAUCACCGAGUAUCUAGAUAUUGCAUGCCAGAUGUACAAACCAAUAAAGCCUUUUCGUUCUAAAGAAGUCGAGAAUGAGAUAAAGAAGCUUAACCGCAAAAAGUCACCUGGAUACGACAAUAUUGAUGGAAAAACAUUAAAAUCUCUCCCUAAAAGAGCUAUAAUUUACAUAACUAUAUUAUUUAAUGCAAUAUUGCGACUAUCAUAUUUCCCUACCCAAUGGAAAUACGCAAAAAUAAUAAUGAUUUUGAAGCCCAACAAACCCGAAAACGAGGUAAGCUCAUACCGACCUAUAAGCUUGUUGCCUAUACUGUCGAAGCUAUUUGAAAAGUUAUUUCAAACAAGGCUCCAACCGAUAGUUGAAUCAGUUAGAAUACUACCGGAACAUCAAUUCGGAUUUCGACAAAGUCAUGGCACUCCUGAACAAUGCCACAGGAUCAUUAAAAAAGUAA